AUGGCUCCUGUUCAGACGCAGACAAUCACCCCCCACCAGUUCACAAUCCCCAUCUCAGGACGAGGUGUCAUCUCGGGACGCAUUUCAAGGCCUACACCACGCUCAACACGCAUCGGCAAACCACUUCUGUCGUAUACACCACAGGUCCCCACAGCACACCCAGAUAUCAACCUGACUCUUCUCCGCAACAAACUACUUCUCACCUGCCGCAAUUAUGUGCCCUCCGCACUUCUCCACGAAGCGCUAGCAGAUGGCAUCUGGGCUCGCGCGGAGCGCUGGAUUACACCGAGCAGUAGCGCCGCGUCCCGCUUCGGUAAAAGAAAACGCUAUUUUGUAUUGCACACGGCGACGUGGACAUUCCAGCAAAUGGGGAGUGCUUGGGAAGCUCGAAUUCUGAGCAACUCGCAGCCGAUCGAUGCAGGGAACGGUGUGGUGGUGUUUGUCAAAGAAAGACCUGAAUGGGAAUGCUUCAUGCGGGGGUACAAACAGCAGGGGAGGCGGGGUGCAGGUCAGUUGCUGAAGGUUCAGCAGCAGAGUACGGAAAGAGGAUGGAAGGAGGAGUGGAAGAGGAAGUGUGGGCUAGAAGAUGGGGAUGGGCGAGGUAACGCGAAGAAGGAGGUCAAUGCUGGGCCGAUGUGGGUGCUUGUGAAGAGUGCGGUUGCGAGGAUUGUGAGGGGAGAGGCGUGA